GGCUCCUCGCUUAGGUACCGGGGGUGUCUCACGCCGCCCUGUGCCGGGAAAGGGGGGUGUGAGUGGCGGGAGGCGGGUCGGCGGGCGCCGGGCCUUGCUCUUGGCUUCUCGCCCUCCUCGCCCGGUUGUUCCCGCCUCCCCUGUGGCUUCGGCUGCAGCUCCAGGCUGAGGGAGGAGGCUGGGAUGUCCCUGCCGGAGUGGCACAUCGCGGUGAAGCUGGCGGAUCAGCCCCUGGCUCCCAAAUCCAUCCUCCGUUUGCCGGAGGCCGAGCUGGGGGAAUGCCCGCUGGGGGGCUGCAGCAUCUCCUACCUCAAGCAGCUCAUCACGGGCAAGCUGCAGGAGUCUGUCCCCGACCCUGAGCUCAUCGAUCUGAUCUACUGUGGCCGUAAGCUGAGGGAUGAGCAGACCCUGGAGUUUUAUGGCAUCCAGUCUGGCUCCACUGUCCACGUCCUGCGCAGGUCCUGGCCUGAGCCUGACCAGAAGCCAGAGCCUGUGGAUAAGGUGGCAGCAGUGCGGGAGUUCCGGGUGCUCCACACCGCCCUGCACAGCAGCCCUGCCUACAGAGAUGCAGUCUUCAAAAUGCUGGGGAACAAGGAGUCUCUGGAUCAGAUCAUCGUCGCUACUCCCGGCCUCAGCAGUGACCCUGUUGCUUUGGGUGUCCUGCAGGACAAGGAUCUCUUUUCAGUGUUUGCAGACCCCAACAUGCUGGACACGCUGAUUCCAGCUCAUCCUGCUCUGGUGAAUGCCAUUGUCCUUGUCCUGCACUCUGUGGCUGGCAGCACCCCCCUCCCAGCCCCUGAGACCUCCUCCCGAGCCAUGGCCUCUGGAUCCUACAGGGACAUGCCAGGUGGCUUUCUCUUUGAAGGUCUGUCUGAUGAUGAAGAUGACUUCCACCAGAGCAGCAGAUCUACACCAUCCAGCAGCACCUCUGGGUCCCGCCCGGCCUCCCUCGGCUACGCGGGGGCUGCUGGACCCCGGCCCAUCACCCAGAGUGAACUGGCCACAGCACUGGCCCUGGCCAGCACCCCAGAGAGCAGCUCCCACACGCCCACCCCUGGCACCCAGGGUCACUCCUCUGGGACCUCCCCAAUGUCAUCCAGUGUCCAGUCAGGAACACCCAUCACCAAUGACCUCUUCAGCCAGGCCCUGCAGCACGCCCUGCAAGCCUCGGGGCAGCCCAGCCUGCAGAGCCAGUGGCAGCCCCAGCUUCAGCAGCUGCGGGACAUGGGCAUACACGAUGAUGAGCUGAGUCUCCGGGCCCUGCAGGCCACUGGAGGGGACAUUCAGGCUGCCCUGGAGCUCAUCUUUGCUGGUGGGGCUCCCUAGCUCUUUUUUUGGGGCAGGAGAGGCUGGACUGGUGAGUUGCACUGAGGUGGCUGUGACAUUCCUUGGCUUGGGACUUGGCCCUGAAACACUUCUGUGCCCUGAGGUUCCUCCCUCCAGCCUGGAGUGGCUGGGAUGGCUGCUCCUUUCCCUGCAGGUGGGCACUGUGCUCCUGUUGGAAAGCACUGACCAUGCUGAGGGCAGCUCCUCCAGCUCCACGUGCUUUUCUCCAGCCUCUUCCUUCUGGCCACCAGAGAUGAGACCUCAGAACUUUGCCCAGCAUGGAGAAAGUGGUGGCUCUGUAUGUUGGAGAGAUGUAGCACCUAUGGUUCUGCAGCCUUAGACCUGUCAGCAUGUUCUCCUGCUUCUUGUUCUGUUCCUGCCUCAGUCUACCUUGUUUUGCUGUCGUGGUCCCUGUGUCUUUGGCUGCAUUAAAUGGACUGUGUUCCA